UAGGUUUUUCUCUGUGCAGUUGUUCGUCAUAUGAUUAAAAGGCUGGCAGAAAAAUGAAAAUGUUGCAAAACGUCGUCAUUUUUUCGCUAUUUGUUGCAGCAAUUCACGCCGCUGGCGAGUUCACCGUCCUGAACAGCCCAAAGGCGAUUAGCUUCAAGGGCAAUGAUCCACUGAACAGUCGCUAUGUCGGCGAUGUUUUGUACGCUGCCAUGGGCAAUGCCGUCGUUGGCGACAGUGACUGGAGCGGCCUGACCAUUAACGAUCCCUUCAACCUGGCCAAGGGCGUAAUCGCCGUGCAUGUGGAGGGUCUUAGCCAUGUGACAUCGGCAGGCAAUGCCAAGUCCUACGAGCUGGUCGGAUCCAAUACUGGACAAUCACUGAAUGCAUUGGCCGCCGAGCUGGAGGCAGCCAAUGAGCCAGUCUGCGAUAUUAACUUUGACCAGUACGACGAGGGCGUGCAAGCAUUCAAGGCAUGUUUUGGUGAAUUUGAGUCGCCCGCUGCCAAGCCCACCAAGCACCUGAAUCCCACGUUGCACAAUGCUGAUAAACAGUUCCUGCAGGAAAUUGGCUUCAUCAAUUCCGCUUCCGAGAACCUGGCGGAGAUGCUAAAGCCCUCGAAUGUAUUGAUCAUUCGCCUGUCGGUCGAUGGCAUUGCUAAGGCGCAUGGAGAGAAGUCCGUUGCUGUAGAGGAGGCCAACAAGCUGAUCUCUGCUGCCAUUGGUCGUCUUCUGGCUGCCGCUCAAAAGUCCAGUGACUCGGUGCUCUUUGUACUAUCCACAGACAAGGAUGCCAACUCACGCUCAAAGCGUGACACUCUCCAAGCCGAUGAUACAAACCCCUUCAACUUGGCCGAGUACUACAACGAAGACUAUCCCGUAAUUUUCAAUAUUAUCCUAUGGUUCAUGGUUAUCUUCGGCCUGUCGCUGCUGGCCAUCUGCUAUGCCAUUGGAGCUAUGGAUCCCGGCAGGGACUCCAUCAUUUACCGCAUGACCUCCACACGAAUGAAGAAGGACAACUAAACACGUGAUAGAAAAGCUGCACAAAUCGCUGGGUUUAAAACCUUCCCCAUCUUUGUUAUUUCGCCCCAUUUAUGUUGUCAGCAAAGAGCUCCAGCUCCAAAACAAAAUCUUGUUCUAAAUUCAAAUCAUUAGCGGACAAAUUGUGUGUAUGCGUGUGUGAGCAGUGUGUAGUUGGCUUUGUGUUUACCACAAGCUAUACAUAAAAAUAAGUAUUAAAAACUUAUUACUUUUAAAUGCAGUUCUGUAAUUCCAUUAUCAACUAUAAUAAUUUGUUAUAUCUUUUGUGUUUGUUGUACUUUUUAGGUUAAACAGUCGAAACAGUCAUUUCUUUAUUCAAACUUAUAUAAAUUAUCAACCAUAAAAUGUUAAUAAUGUACCGUUAAAUAAAUAUA